AAGUGAUUUAUCAUCGAACAAUCUAAAAAGUAAUGCGUGCGCUGAACAUUUUCGAAGACAAAUGUAAACGUUUAUGGCGACAGUACAACGGAACAAUUCAUACGGUGCAAGUCAUAUUCGUUUCAAACGAUUUUGACAAACAUUUCAAACGAAGAGGGACAUUUUCAACUUUGACCCCUGACGAAUUGAAUGAGUUUUCUGCAAAAUGGCAGCAUCAAUACCUUCUGCGGUGUCCGCACCCUCAUUGGGUCAAAAACGCAGGGCAUCUUUGAAGAAGAAAGAAAGAAGAAAACGAAAACGCCAAGCCCUCGCCAAAGCCCAAAUCAGAGAAUCUGGUGAAAAUGGAGAUGAUUCUCCACCAGAACAAGAUGAUGAUGAUGAUGAAGAGGAAAGGAAGGCUGAGGAAGAAAGACGGCGACAAGACCAGGAGUGGCUGGAGAGGGAGAGGCUUGCCCAGCAGGAAUUCAGACUCCGGUGGGAGAGGGAAGAAGCUGCAAGGAAGAGACAGGAGGAAGAGGAGGCGAGGAUAAAGCAGGAAUGGGAGGCCCAGCAGAGGAGAGAGGAAGAGGAGAAGGAGCAGAAGCAACUGGAGAAGAGAGACAGAGAGGAAGCUGUACAGAAAAUGUUGGACCAGGCUGAGAGUCAGCUGGAGAAUGGGGGUCCCUGGAGAAACCCUGAGGCUCCAGAUUUUGGUACGGAGCAAGACCGGGCUAACUGCCCCUUCUUCCUCAAAACUGGAGCCUGCCGCUUUGGCGACAGGUGCUCUCGUAAGCAUGUCCACCCCCCGUCCAGCCCUACUCUGAUGAUCCGGGGGAUGUUUGCGACUUUCGGGAUGGACCAGAGGUCACGGGACGACUACGAUACAGACGCCUGUCUGGAGCACAGCGAGGAGGAGGUGCAACAGCAGUUUGUGGAUUUCUAUGAGGACGUACUUCCUGAGUUCAGGACUGCUGGCAAGGUGGUGCAGUUUAAGGUCAGCUGCAACUUUGAGCCACAUUUGAGAGGAAAUGUUUAUGUCCAGUUUGACAAAGAGGAGCAGUGCAGAGAGGGCUUCAUGAUGUUCAAUGGAAGAUGGUACGCUGGUAAACAGCUCCAGUGUGAGUUCUCUCCUGUCACCAGAUGGAAGACUGCUAUAUGUGGUUUGUUCGACCGACAGAAGUGUCCAAAAGGAAAGCACUGCAACUUCCUGCACGUGUACCGUAACCCUGGAAAUGAGUUCUGGGAGGCGGACAGGGACCUGCACAUGUCCCCCGACCGGGGAGGAGGGGGUACCGGGUCUUUCGCUGGGGGCCGGUUCUCUGAGAGGAGUAACCGCUCCUCCUGGACCGAGAGGUCACAGAGCCGACGGGGGGAGAGGAGCAGGAGGAGUAGGAGCAGGGAAAGCAGAAUAGCCCAAAGGAGAGCCAGUGUUCAGAGUGACAGAUCCUGGACCAGUCGUACCAGCACAAGACCUAGGUCGAGGAGUAGGGACAGAGAUAGGAGAGACAGGAGCAGAGAUAGGAGGGACAGAGGCAGGAGCAGGGACAGAGACAGGCGGGAUGGGAGUAGAGACCGAGAUGGGAGCAAGAGAGGGGGGUGGAAGGGUUCACCCACAGAGGCUAGUAGGGGGAGAUCCAGGUCAGCCAGCCUCGGAGAGUCCUCCAAAAGGAAGAGACAGUGGAGCAGGAGCCCUGGAGAGUCCUCUAAGAGGAAGAGACAGGGGAGCAGGAGCCCCGGAGAGUCCUCCAAAAGGAAGAGACAGGGGAGCAGGAGCCCUGGAGAGUCCUCUAAGAGACAGGGGAGCAGGAGCCCCGGGGAGUCCUCUAAGAGACAGGGGAGCAGGAGCCCCGGGGAGUCCUCUAAGAGACAGGGGAGCAGGAGCCCCGGAGAGUCCUCUAAGAGACAAGGGAGCAGGAGCCCUGGAGAGUCCUCUAAGAGGAAGAGACAGUGGAGCAGGAGCCCCGGAGAGUCCUCUAAGAGGAAGAGACAGGGGAGCAGGAGCCCCGGAGAGUCCUCCAAAAGGAAGAGACAGGGGAGCAGGAGCCCUGGAGAGUCCUCUAAGAGACAGGGGAGCAGGAGCCCCGGGGAGUCCUCUAAGAGACAGGGGAGCAGGAGCCCCGGGGAGUCCUCUAAGAGACAGGGGAGCAGGAGCCCCGGAGAGUCCUCUAAGAGACAAGGGAGCAGGAGCCCUGGAGAGUCCUCUAAGAGGAAGAGACAGGGGAGCAGGAGCCCCGGGAGAACAUCCAAAAAAGAAAAGCAGCCAGCCAACGACAGCAGCGCCACAGCUCCAACACGCCACAAACACUCCAAAAAAAGCAAAAAGAAGAAGAGCAAGAGGAGGAAACCCAAGAAGGACAAAAAGGGCCAGUCGCCUGGGGGUCAGAGUUCAUCUGCAGAGUCAGGGAAGGAGUCUUGGGACGAGGUGAAACCCUCUCCAAACCUUGAUGUAGACAGCAGUACACGGACUCCUCAUGAUGUAGACAACACUACCCAGGAGACUGUGGAUGUAGACAACACUACCCAGGAGACUGCUAGGGUAAAUGCCAUGCUUAGUCUCAUGUUGUUUGAGCCUCUUGAUAAUGCCAAUGCAGUCACUUCAGACAUACAGACCCAGGUCAAGGAGGAGGCUGAGGAUCCCUGUCCACCUAUUGUCCCCUCUCCUAGCCCUGAGGAUGUGGACAUCGCUCAGAAUCCUGGGGCCACGGACAACAGUACUCCUGAGGCAAACGCGCUCUCCCCAGACCUCCAUAGUAUCUUCCUCAAGCAGGAGUAUCCCUCUCUACCCAAUGUGCCUGAAGAGGAAUGUGAACAGGAUUCCCCUGACGAUGAUGAACCAUAGUGGAAUUAAAUUAGUGUUCUGUAUGGACUUCACCGUGACUGCUAUGGCCAUUUUGAAGUGUACACUGAAAUGAAAACAGUCAAUGCAUAAACAAUGUUCACCAAUGCACUGCUCAACCUAGCUUUUACAAAUGUUAGUUUGUUCCAAAUGUAAGAUGUGACCAUUAAAUGUUUUUAUACAUGA